UUUGAUACAAUAUCGUCCGUGACUUUAAGUUCAGAAUUGCGUUUAUAAUAAUAAUAGUAAAUUUUAUUUUUUGAAACAGUGUAGUUAAUGUACUAUCAUCUAUCACUUCCAUCUUCGUUUCUGAACGUAAAUUAAAUCACAACAUUUUAUAGAAUUAUGUUAUGGAGUGGUUGUUUAUUUUAGCUUCAGUAGCCGCAUCAUUUAUCGUUGUAAUUUUUUUCAUACUCAUAGGGUGGUGCUUAGUUUGGAAGUUGUAUUUGUCAAAAUUUAAACUAGUUCGAGAACUUAUUUCUCAGCAAACACCUGAAGUUAGUAACUCUAAUAAAUCUCAAAAGACUCUUUAAGUAACUCAACUGCCAAAAAAUG